GAUGCAAACAACCUCUCGAAACGCUUCUCUUAUCGCGAUAAUGCAUGUUAUUUGGAUUAUUCCGCUACUUUCACUACUUUGUAAGCUCUCACUAGCGAAUUCUUCCGUAAAUUGCGGCAAACAGCAGAUUCGCACGCAAAAUUUGAUCGUGAAUGGAUUCUCCACGUACGCGGGACAAUUUCCGUGGCACGCCGCCCUGUAUCACAGGACUUCCGCGACUUCGUUGGAAUACGUCUGCGGAGGUAGUCUUAUCAGCGAUACUUUUGUUCUGACGGCCGCUCACUGUGUACAGGAUGGGAGUCGUGAAAUGAAUACGAAACGAGUUGUGAUUUUUUUGGUGCUGGAAAUCUACACGGUGUCGGGUGGUCGCUGGGCAAAGCUGAGGAAUGACAUUGCUUUGCUGGAACUUCGAAGCAAGGUACGGUACACGGACUUUGUUCAGCCAAUUUGUAUUGCAGCUUCGGAAGUUCCCGUUGAAACAGUUGGCAUCGUUGCUGGAUGGGGGAUGACGGAAGACGGUUAUCUAUCCCAGGAAUUGAAGAGUUCCCGCAUGCCAAUAGUGCGAAUGAUCGACUGUCUGAUGAGCGAUCGCGAUUCGUUUGGCCAUUCGUUGGACUCUGGAAUGAUUUGUGCUGGGUAUGUGAAUGGUACUGCUGUAAGUAACGGCGACAGUGGAAGUGGACUGAUAGCCGAACUUGAAAAUGGCACGUGGUUCUUGGUUGGGAUUGUGUCCUUUACUGCCCGCAGUAGGAACGGCACCAUCUGCAGUCCUAGCGGAUACGGAGUGUUCGUAGACGUUCAGUUGUACCUUCCAUGGAUCAGGAACGUUACGGAGAGGUCAUUUAGCGAACAUGAAUCGCUGAUUGGCAGUUUUGCGUCAAACGCCUCUUCCAAAAUUCGAAUUGAAGAACUUCAAACAUUUCCCACGAGAACACCGAACUCAGCUGAGGACAUUUUCCUACAUGAUGGCGAAUGUGGACGCAAACGAGUUGAGCUUUUACCCAUGUUGGAGAAAGUCGACUCGAAAAGUGGCCGUUGGCCCUGGCACGGAGCGUUCUACCGGAAUGAUGGCAAAACUAACUUCUUCUGGUACCUUUGUGGGGUUACCAUUUUGACGAACAAGUUUACGGUGACAGCAAAAUAUUGUAUUUUUAACAAAAAACCUGCAAAUAAGCAAAUCAAAUAUUACGUGAUGUUUGAACAGUAUGAUAUAAACGAUUAUGAUGCGAAAGAUCAGCGAAAAGAUGUGGCACAGAUUUAUGAUAACAGCAGACUAAUAUUGAUUGAAUUGGAAUUUCCUUUGGUUUUCACUGAAUAUGUUCAACCAAUUUGCUUGUGGAACAAAAAUGUAUCUUCAAAUGGAGUAAUUGGCGAAACGGGCUAUAUCGUAGGAUAUGGUGGUAUUGAUAUGAACUUCAAAAUCAUUUAUUCAGAAGAGCAGCUUACAGUUAUACCAAAGUCGAAUUGUGAAAUCACAGAAAAUAACUUUGACUUGUUAUGUGCCAAGUACAAUUAUUCAAUGCCAAACGAGUUAGAUGCUGGAGGUGGCUUGGUUGUUAACGUUUACAAAAAAUGGUUUCUUCGAGGUGUAUUUAGUACAGAUCCUGCUAUAGAACAUGGCCAGCAAAACGUUAUUUUGUUGGACAUAUCCUACCAUCUAGAUUGGAUUGAAUCCAUUGUAAAUAAAUAGAUUUAAGUGUGAAAAAAUAAUCAAGCUUGUAAAAUAUUUGCUGACAUGUUCUUUUAGUGUUUAAAUAAAAAAAAUAUGUUUGCUCUACAGCAUGGCUUUGGAGUUCUCUAUUGAGAGAUUCCUUCUCGAAACUUGAUGUCGAGGGUUCGAACUGACGACCUUUGGAUUGUGCGUCCAACUGCCGACCUGUGACUCUAUCGAAGCAGGUUCUAUUACUCUCUUCAGUCAUGAAAUAUCUUCAUGAAACUGUCAGGAGAAAUUUAAUAAAUGUUCUGUAUUAUAAAAUUUGAAGAUUUUCUACAUGUAUGUUACACCUUAAGAACCCCCCCAAAUUCGAUUUCUACCCUGAGAAAUUCUAUAAAAACCUGGGUGCAGAAUAGUUGUCUGCAAAGCGGCCUCAAUUUAGAACUGUCAAAGCGGAACCAAUUUACUGUUUGAAAAAUGAUGCCAAGAAUUGGCAAGUAUUGUAAUCGAUCUAUAAUUUAUUUUGUCCGGAAAAAAAGUCGUGGGGCUUUUGAGUCAGUCCUUAGAAAAGGGAUAAAAUCAAGAUUGUCAUAAUUCGUUGCUUACAUUUCCAUAAGCGCUAUGCCUCACUCAAAACCUUUGUUUACGAAUUGUUUAAGGCGAAUUAUCAGUAACUGUGAAUGGCACCUGCCAAAUAAAAUUGAAUAAUCUUAAUCCUGUAUUAUCACUGCGCUUCAAAGAUACAUAAUCUCGUAAAUUCCAUCCGGUUGCUCUUCUGAUUCACAAAAUUCCCCCACUUCUGACGCAAUAUUUCAUCACGAUGAAAACAAAGAAGGACUCUUUUAACCGCUCAUCGUUUUGUCUACGAACAAAAAAAGCACGAAGAACUUAAUUUUUCAGCGAAAACUAUAAUAUCAUCAGAUCCAAAAUGUUUCAAAACGAGUCACUUCAGCAGCAAAUAAUAUGUCACGCUUGAGCUUGAACAAAGCCUUCUACUUUGUUUAUGUUUGCAGCUGUAGUGCUGUUGUAUUAGUGAGGAGCAGUGGGGAUCAUUCGGAAAUCACGUUACGCAUUCUGUCUUUUCAGCACCCAGAUAAAAACCG